AGGGCUUGCGAGUAUUUUCGUCUUCUUUUUUAAAAGUGUGCGAAAAUUCGAAAAAGCCUUUGUUCGUUAAAAAGCUUAAAACCCUAUUUUCGCUCCUCCUGAAGAAAGAGGAGACAGAGAGAGAGGGGAGGAGACAAAGGUUUCCCCUUGGGUGGGGACUGUUAGCAACAGGACGUUUGUUCCUUUCUCUCUCUAAACAAAGCAGAUAUGGAGUCUCAAGAUAACAACUCUCCCCCUGUUCCCAGUGCUCAAGUGGUGGGUAAUGCCUUUGUGGCCCAAUAUUACCAUAUUCUUCAUCAAUCCCCCAGCCUUGUGUACCGAUUCUAUCAAGAUUCAAGUGUGCUUGGGAGGCCUGAGCCAGAUGGUGAAAUGAGUUCUGUGACAACGAUGCAGGCCAUCAACGACAAAAUACUCUCCUUGGACUACAGUGAAUUGAAGGCAGAGAUAAAGACUGUAGAUGCCCAGAAGUCGUUCGAUGGUGGAGUUAUUGUUCUGGUCACUGGGUAUCUGACUGGCAAGGACAAUUUAACAAGGAAGUUCACACAAUCAUUCUUCCUUGCUCCACAAGACAAGGGUUUCUUUGUUUUAAAUGAUGUUUUUAGGUAUGUGGAUGAAUCGGAAAAGCUUGAGGGGAAAUCAGCUUCAACCGAUGGCAUCAGUGAAACUGAACCUGAUUCUCCUUUGACAUCUGAGCUAGAACCAGCCCCCACUGUUCAAGAACAUGAAGUAUCAAAGCAAGCUGCUCCUGUGGUGGAGAAUGGUGUUAAUAAUGCUCAAGGAGACCUUGAAGCUUCUGAUAAUAGUGAAGGCUCUGUGGUUGAGGAAGAAGUUCUGUUGGAAAAGACUACUGACAUUAGACAGAAGGACGUCCAAUCCAAGGUUGAAUCGCCUUCUCAGGUUCAGGAAGACGUUCCAAAGAAGUCUUAUGCUUCUAUUGUGAAGGUUAUGAAGGAGAAUAAGGCUCCAAUGUCAGUUCAAGUUCCUACUAAAGCUCUGGUUAAGGAAGUUCCCUUGAAGGUGGCUCCAAAAAAUCCUGAUUGUUCACCGGUUGCCUCUCCAGCACCUGCUCCAGCACCAAAAACCCUAGAGUCUAGCAAUGGCAAUGGUCCUGAAAGUAGCAGUCCUGAGGAAUCUGAAGCUGAGGGUUACUCUAUUUAUAUUGGGGGCUUGCCUAUGAGUGCUACUGUUUCCAAAGUAGAGGAGGAGUUCAAGAAAUUUGGACCCAUUAAGAUUGGUGGUAUCCAAGUCAGAAGUAACAAGCAACAGGGAUUCUGUUUUGGUUUUGUGGAAUUUGAAUCACAUAGCUCUGUAGAAAGUGCAUUGAAGGCUUCGCCUAUUACGAUAGGGGGACGCCAAGCAUUUGUAGAGGAGAAGAGAACAACAACUCGAGUUGGUAGAGGUCGCUUUCCUCAAGGAAGAGGUGGGUUUCGAAAUGAUGGUUUUAGGGGCCGAGGAAACUAUGGUGGAAGGGGGUACUCCAGGGGUGAUUUUGGAAAUCGUGGCGACUCUAUUGGUCGAGGUCGUAAUUAUCAAAGAGUUGAUGCGCGUGCUGUUGUUGCCUAAGAACAAUAAAAGGGGCUCAUCCUUAGAAAGCGGGUUUAUUUUUAGUAUUUUUUCUUAAAACCCAUUUUGGGUCUUCAAAUUUUGAUGGGUUUCGGUGAUAACGCCCUUGGGGAGAUUUUAUUUUGUUAAUGGGAGUUACGAGGCAUGGGUUAAAUGGCUGAUUCUGUACUGUUUUGAGGGUAGUUCUUCGGCUAUGAUUCGGUUUUCUUCUCAUGGUUAAUUGUUUAUAUUUGUGUGGGAUUUGAUCAUGAAACUGGGGGGUUUGAUAUUCUAUUUGUUUUCUUGUUUUUGGAUGGUUUUAUUGGAGGAAUGAUUGUGGACUUGUCUUUUGGGAAGAAAGAAAAGAACCAUAGUUUUAUUGCGAUU